GCCGAGCCGCCGAGCGGAUGCUCGCAAUGUGAGAUGGCGACAGAGGAAAUGAAGAUGGGCGCAUCUUGGCGUUGAGGUGCAUGGUGGUAUUUGGGGGGUGUCUGAGCUGGGGCCAAGUUCGACUCAGCUCGAGGCAAAUUGUCUCCCCCUGGCAGGGGGGUGUGUCGGAGAAGCAUACAGAACAGAGCAACUACUGGUGGUGGUGGUGGUGUUUCUCACCUGAGAAUUCCUCUGGCAUCGCGAGCGUCGAUUGUGGUCGUCUCGCCGCAUCGUGACCCAGACAACCCACCACCACAACCUCAGAAGGUUACACCUGAUAGGCAGAGCCUGGCAAAACUACCGCGGGCGUGUGAAGGAAUUUGGGGGGGCGGCUUUUAUCCGUACU